AUGCUCGCACAGGCGGAGUUCAUCUCCGGCAUGUCUCUCCCGGGCGGUGGUCUAGAACACUCCAUGUCGCUACUACGGACCUGGGAAACCUUAUAUGGUCUGUCCGCGGACUCCCCCCUUCCGCCCUCCGCGAUCUCUCUUCCGCCCAGCAUCCCCCCUCCGCCGCACCUUGAGCCCUGCUCGCGCACAGCCAUCCGCCAGGCUGCUGAGCGCAGGGGGGAGGGCGGAGCUCUCCCCCCAUGGGCGCAGGAUAAUGCUGCAUGCGGAAAUGUCCCCCAACCGCCCUGGGUGCGAGGGUCAGAUUCAUCGAACCUGGCCUCCACUCGAGUGGCCCAGAGAGACAUCUGGGCGCACCAGUUCCCCCCUCCCUCCCCGCUGCCUCCUCACGCUGCUGCUCCUGCUUCGGCUGGGCAGCUGCAGGGCAUGAGUGUGGCGCUACGUGUGGCCUUCACCAAUGGUCGUGUGCUCGUGCCCAUGCCAGGCACCUUCCAGCCAGCCCGCCACCCGCACUGCCAAGCACUGAAUGCAUCGGGAUCGCUCCACUGCUACUUCUUCCGCCCAGUCUCCCAAGCAUGUGAGGCAGCAGCCAUGCAGCAUUACACCACUGCCGGCGCUCCUCCCUGCAAGCCUCUCUCGCACCUCACAGCGCAGCAGCUGGGGUCAAACGAGACUCUCAUCUGUGUCGUGGCAAGCACUGAUGCCUCGUACCCUGAUUCAACAAAUGCUUCCAGUGAGAGAGCAUGGAGCGAGGCAUACAUGCGCCGGCCUUUCCUGGUGGAGCGUCAAGGGGCGCUUCUCAACGUCUCACACACACAACUGCAGGUUCUGGCCCCACCCUUGCCGUUCCCGGCCCAUGCCUGCGCAUUGGUGGCACUCCCAGGCUCUGCGCUUCCUCCUGCGCUGGCCCUCCCCCUCCUGCCGCACCCUCAGCCACCACCGCAGCUCUGCUCCUUCCUCUCCCCCCCUUCCCUCACCCCCCUCUCUCCCUCAGGCGCACUGGUGGGCUGCCCAGGCUCUCCGCUUCCUCCUGCGCUGGCCCUCCCCCUCCCUCUACCACGGCCUCAACCGCCACAGCAGCUCUGCCCUCGGCCGGCACAUCGCCUCCCUCUGCUCCUCCCUCUGCAACCCGCCCACACCCAUGUCACACGCACACCCUCUCCCCACCUGGCACCUUCCUUUAGCCCACUGGUGGACCCCAAGCUCUGUGUUUCUUCCUCCAUUUUCUGCUCCGUCUUUCUGUGUCCUCUUCAGGUGCACUGGUGGACUGCCCAGGCUCUCCGCUUCCUCCUGCGCUGGCCCUCCCCCUCCCUCUGCCACGGCCUCAACCGCCACCGCAGCUCUGCUCUCGGCCCGCACAUCGCCUCCCUCUCCUCCGCCUUUCUUGCCGAGCAGCGCGCCAUCGUGACCUCCCUCUUAAAGCCCAAGUCCGAGGCGGACCAGGGCCUGGGGCUCAACCUUCGCAGGGAGGGUAAAAUGCUCAAGAGAUUGAAUCUUUCCGCGCACCGGAAUCUGGAGACGGACGCGUGGCCAAGCUUGGGGUUUUCUGGGUGUUUGCCCCGGAGAAAUCGGGGUAAAGCGGUCGAGAAUUUGUCGCCGCUGACGGUGUAUCAGAGCGUGGGGAGAGAGGCGUACCUGCUGCGGCCAAUCGUGAGCAUACACGUGGCAGAGGAGGGGCAGCAGGGGGGACAGGGGGAGCAAGGGGAGCAGGGGGAGCAGGGACAGGAGCAACAGCAAGGGCAGGAGAGGCAGGAGGGGCAGGAGGGAAAGGAAGGGGGUAAUAGUACGAAAGCAGAGAGUGGCAGAAGUAGCGGCAGUAGCAGCAAUGCAUCACAACUGUCAGUGCCGCUUGUAUCCGCUCUGCUGCUGUCUUACCAGCUGAGAAGACGGGAACCAGGCCUCAAAUUCGUCUGGCUCUCCACCGACCAAACAGCAACCAUGAAGCUGUCAUCCAACCACCUCUCUCGCUUCGCCGACUGGACCUUCCUCUAUCCCAAGCCGCCCUCCGGCCCCUCUUCCUCUCCGGCACACUACGAUUCCGUGGGUGCGGCUUUAGCCGACCUGCUUGUUGCGUCUGAGAGUGAUUAUUUUGUUGGGGAUGUUGGUAGCAGGUGGAGUAGGCUGAUAUAUGAGCUCAAGUGCACGAAUGGCCGCCUUUACGCUGGCUUUUUGUCUGUCUAA